CCCGGCCCCCACCACCACCGCCACCGCCAUCAGUUUCCCACGAAUCCAGCCAUGGUCGGUUCAUCCAUCCACGCGCCCCCCAUCCAUCCCCCCUUCUCCUCCCUUCUUACCCUGGUGGAAUCGACUUCCUCGGAAAUCUUAUCUGCUCUUUUGAUCAAGAUCUCGUGCAAUCUGCUUAAGCGAGCACCUAUUUCCGGUGCCUUCGAGCUCAAUUCGAUCGUCAAAAUCUGGGUGAUUCAAGGUGUGGUUUCUCGAAAUGGAGCGAGUGCAAGAAGCUAACAAGGCUGCUGUAGGGAGCUGCUACAGGGUCCUCAGCUUGCUCUCUCAGUCCCAAGAUCAAGAUCAAUCAAGAAAGCUGGCGGCGCAGACAGGGGAAGCUGUUGCUGCAUUCAAGAGAGUUGUGUCAUUGCUCAGUGAUAGUGCGAGGGAGGCAAGAUUUAGGACUAUGAACAAAGUCAAGUCUCCUUCCGAUCAUAAGAUUGUCCCUUCUCUCACAAAUUCUCAGCUACUCCCAAGAGAUGCCUUACAUGAUAACGAUCGCAAUCCCAACAACCUACUCCAACUCUCUCAAAGGAGCUUCCUUGAGAACCAAAAAGCCGGACAGGAUCCAUCAUCAGCUCACCGCCGAUUCCUACCGCAGCAGCAGCAGAACAAUCAAACGUAUCGGCUUCAGCAGCAAAUGAACAUUCAGGCUGACAUGUUGAGGAGGAGCAGUAAUGGCAUAAGUAUCAAGUUUGACAACUCUGAUUGCACUCCAUCUGCAUCUACAAGUAUGAAUGGAAAAAUCACCAGCUUGGAAGGAAAAGUGUUCCAUCUGAUCGAGGGGCAUGCAUCAUCCAACCCGGUUAACCCACAUCCUCCUCCCAAGAAGACCAGUAUAGUUAAAGGGGAGGACAACAAUGGGAAAUGUCCAAACAAUGGCAGGUGCCACUGCUCAAGAAAAAGGUUAGGCUAUGCAAGUUUUGUUUGUGUAUUGCUGCAAACUUUGCUGUCAAUUCCUAUACAUUGCUUCUUUUACAGGAAGCUGAGGAUCAAGAGAUCCAUAAAGGUGCCUGCUGUCAGUGAAAAGCUUGCAGAUAUCCCUCCUGAUGAUUACUCAUGGAGGAAGUAUGGUCAAAAGCCCAUCAAGGGUUCUCCUCAUCCUAGGGGGUAUUACAAGUGCAGCAGCAUUAGAGGCUGCCCUGCAAAGAAGCAUGUGGAGAGGUGCUUGGAAGACCCCUCCAUGCUUAUUGUCACCUACGAAGGCGAGCACAACCACACCAAGCUUCACACCCAAUCUGCCCAAACAUAGAUACUAAUCUCCUCCUCACAGCCAGUGCAGCCUACUGCUGCUUCUUGUACAUAUCAACAGUCAGCAGUUUUUGAUGGGUGAUCAAUCAUUAUCUUCGAUUCACCUUUUGGGAUGAAAGAGAAGGUGGGCAUGCUACACAUCUGCAAGCCUUUUGAUGACUGGAGCACUUUUUCUCACCGUAAAGACAGAUUAACUUGUGAAGACAACAUGUUCUACCAAUGUUUGGUGUCAUAUAAGCAGAGUACUGUGGUUGUUAAUGCUCACAAGUGUUUGUAAGAAUGAGAUGCCUUGGCAGUCAUGGAACUUCCAUGGAGCCUGCAAGGAGUCGCUUCAAGGACGCAAUGUGCUGGGUCCAGUGCAGCUACUAAUAUGCUACAGAAAAGAAACAGACACUUUGUUGAUGCAACAAGCUAAACUUCUACGAAAUAAUUGAUGAUAUUAUUUAUUA